GGGAGUUUGUGUUUUGGUCUACUGUGGUGUUGUUGGAGCAGUGUAAAAUCAGAAAUGUAUUUGUGUACGGAAAAAUGUAGCAUGCAUUCACUUUCUUAAUACAGCGAACGAGGCAGUAGAAUCGACGGUCCUGCGAUGGGGACGUGCAGAAGUCGCAGUUUUGUUUACAUAUAAGAGUUUUGUUGUUGAUAUGGCUGAUACAACUGAAGCAACAUGGCUGCUGCGAGAGGUGUUUCAUAUUUACUUUUUGUUUUGACGGUAUCACUGUGCACUGGUAAACAGAAUUAUCCUACAAUCAGUCACCUAAAAGAAGAAGGCAUUGACAAUGAUAGUGAGGAACCUAAUGAACCUCCAGAUCAGCUUAUUGGUGACUUUGGGAAUUUUGAGUCGAAGAGACUACGGACAGAUUCUAAGAAGAGAUUCAAAUGUCUUUCUUGUGAACCACCAGAUUGUUCAGGACUGACGGAAUGCCAUGAUGCUCUGCAGUGUUGGAAAUCUCGAGUCCGUGAUUCUGAUGGCGUGGAACGAGUUUCGCGAGGUUGUACAACUGUUCCUGACCAUGUACCUUUCAUUUGUGGAUCAUCUUCGAAGUCUGGCCAUACCAAACGCCACACAGGGGGCCAGUAUGCAAUGGACUGCUGUGAAGGAGACUAUUGUAAUAAUGGCUCUUUUCCAUAUUUAGCAAAUGCAAACUUUGUUGAAAAAGUUCCACAUGAUGUUAGCAACGUAGGUUACAUAGUGAAGCUGGCCCUUGCUAUUCUGGGACCUGUCCUUGCUUUGGGUGCUAUUGGGACAAUAGUUCUCUUCUUGAUGAGGAGAACACAUCGCAAAAGAUUGAUGGCAGCCCGAGCUAUGGCAGACCAUGAUCCAUUCUAUGCGUCAGAUGAAGUUCUCCGAGCAACUGCAGCUGGGGACAGCACAUUGAGGGAAUUUCUUGAUCGCUCAAUGAGCUCUGGUUCAGGAUCCGGUCUCCCUCUUCUUAUCCAGCGAACUUUGGCCAAACAGAUAUCAUUGGCCGAGUGUAUCGGUAAGGGCCGAUAUGGAGAAGUUUGGCGGGGUGUUUGGCAUGGUGAGAAUGUUGCUGUCAAGAUAUUCUUUUCCCGAGAUGAGGCAUCAUGGAAUCGAGAAACUGAGAUUUACAGCACUGUCCUUUUGCGACAUGAGAAUAUUCUUGGCUACAUAGGAUCAGAUAUGACCUCAAGGAACUCUUGUACUCAACUUUGGCUGGUGACGCAUUACCAUCCCUUGGGUUCACUUUAUGAUCACCUAAACCGCACUACGCUAACUCAUCAUCAGAUGAUGAAAAUUUGUCUUUCUGCCGUUAAUGGAUUAGUUCAUCUCCACACAGAAAUUUUUGGAACUCAGGGAAAACCAGCCAUUGCCCAUCGAGAUAUCAAAAGCAAGAACAUUCUCGUUAAACUGAAUGGCUCGUGUGUGAUAGCAGAUUUUGGGUUGGCUGUAACCCACGUUCAGUCGACAGGAAAGAUGGAUGUAGGCUCCAACCCUCGUGUUGGAACCAAGCGAUACAUGAGUCCUGAAGUAUUAGAUGAAUCGAUCAACUUGGAUUGUUUCGAAUCUUACAAGCGUGUGGACAUUUAUGCAUUUGGUCUUGUUCUAUGGGAGGUCUGCCGACGAACAGUGUCAAAUGGUAUAGCAGAGGACUAUAAACCUCCAUUUUAUGACCUAGUGCCAAGUGAUCCCAGUUUUGAAGAUAUGAAGAAGGUGGUGUGUGUGGAUCAGCAGCGCCCCAUUGUGCCCAAUCGAUGGGCUUCGAAUGCUACACUGAGUGGAAUGGGGAAACUUAUCAAGGAAUGUUGGCACCAGAACCCUAAUGUCCGACUUUCUGCCCUUCGUAUCAAGAAGACUUUGGUAAAACUGGCUUCUUCCGAUGUUCACGUUAACUUGGACCUCGAUUCGUAGUGAUUCUCUACACAUGGCCGUAUGGAGGCCAUAUUUGCUCAGUGUAUUGUUAUGGUGUGAGAAUUUACUUAUUGCCCAUACUUGCCAGUUAAAUGUGUUUCAUUCAUAAACAGGCCAAAUACCAACCUCUCCAAGAUUCUUUGUUCUAAAAGAAAUAAGGAAAUUUGGCAAAGUCAUAAUCAUUGUGAGAUGACUGGUGAUUUUUUUAGUGACAUUCAACAUGAAUGGGAGUGGUGUUAAAAUCAUAUUUUAUUUAAACUCAUAAAGAAGACAUUCUUCAUCAGAAAUUUUGCGAAGAAUCAUAGUUUGUAUAGUGUGCCCAUAAGAGAUGUUGCUGUUGAUGUGUUUGGGGAAAUAAAUUGUUACUGUUGCAGUGGUUCUUUGUUCCAUUUAAGAAUGAACAAAGGUCCACUAAGUACUUGUUCAUGUUUUAUUGGUAUGAAUUAUAAUAAAGUUUACUUUAUUAGUUUUGAAUUGUUUCUGAUAUUAAGUGGCAUAUAUAUGCUGCCAUCAUAUCUGGGGGAUUCCUUCCAAUGGCAAUAUUAUGUGUAAUGUGCCUGAUUUCCUUGCUGCUUGAAAGCAAUGUGAAUUUUGUUCAUAUUGUACUUCAAAAUAAGUACUUUUAUCUUUACAACUGAAUGUGCCAUAAUUAAUUACAGUAUUGUGCCACAGUUACAACUCAGUUGUCAUGUCGAAUGUGUGUGCAUGUUUCAGUUAAUGGAACUGUUUUAAAUGUUAAGUAUAUUUUUAUUUUAGAAACAUUUUUAGAGUUGCAUUUACAGUAUAUUUGUUAGUGACAUGUAUUGUGCAACCAUUAAAAUUUUUGUUAGUUAGAAGUUUAGUGCUAACUACCUUUUUGUAUUGUGCUAGUGUGCUGGAGUCUUUUUCUUCUUACGUAAAAACAAGCUGGUAAGGAACUGAAAGUUUUAUCAAGUUCAGUUUUGGAGGUAUUGCAAGAAAGUGAAGAUUUGUUUAGACAAUAGACUUUUGGAAAAAAAUUUAAUGCAUUAAUUGCUCUUUCAUAAUCAUGCAGUAAAAUUCAGAGGUGGUAGUUAUGUUUAUACUUCGUAAGAUAAAACCAGUUAUAUUAUCACAGAUUGUUUGUGAAGUUUCUGAACAUUAUUUUAGAUUACCUGCAGUGACCUUGUAUCUUGUCUGUUGUCUUUUCAUUGAAACUAUUUUUUUAUGUUCAUUUAGUCUUCUAUUAAUAAUGAAGCAUCAUUUUUCCCUCUGGGAUAGACUGCAGGCAUACAUCUUUGCAUGCAAGCUUCCAUUAAGACAUUUUAAUUAAUUUCCUUCUCUCCUGCUUGCUGGCCAUGGUAUGGGAGUCAGUCUUGCAAUUUGAGCACUUGUAGAUCUUUUGGAAUUUUACAAUGAAUUAUGAACACCUAAAAGAAAUAUUUGUAGUCUUAAUUUGUAAUCCUAAUAGCCAGUGCUGUAAUUCACCAAAAGUGCUGAGAUUAAGAAAUGAUCUCUGUUGUGUUAUGAAGAAGACAGAGUAUUUAUGAAUUUGCGCAAGUUAUAAAAGUUUAUGUCUUCAGCAAACAUCUUUUGAAUUUAAAAAUAGUGUUGUUUUAUGGCCCAUCAAGUGUUGUGUUGAUUGCUCAUAUUGUGCAGUGUGUAAUUUAACAACCCUUUUCAUUGUCUCGUCCUCAAAACCUUUUUAGACAAUCAUUUCUACUCAGUCAGCCUAGCAAAACUUUGAUUAUACUGUUAUGGCUAGCAAACAAGCAUUAUUUUGGAUACUGCUUUAGUGUGUUAUCACCGGACACAAGCAGAAGAUUCAGAUAAGCAGUUCAGUCUCUGACCAAAGACUUGCUAUUGUAGAGAAUUGUAUUACUGUUGUAAGAGAUUGUAAGGAAAGACAAAAUAUGAAAUCUGGAAAAUGAAUGUUAAAAGAUUGAAGGCUAUGGUGCAGUUUCUUUGCACAGUUGAAUAAUAGGUAUAUGUAAUAUUUCUGACAUGGAUGAAUGCAGAGGAUGACUGUCUUAUGUAUCAUAAAGACAAAACAGUAUUAUGGAGAUUGGGGGGAGGGGGAUGAUAAACCAAACAGAUUGUUUACAAUCAGUGAAAAAGGCAAAGUAGUGUUUUUAUUGUUGAUCUGAAGCUGAUGUACUUUUAAAUUCAGUGUCAAUUGCACAAAAUUGUAUAUUUAAUUACAGUAGCCUCUGCAGGUAUUUUGAAGUAUGAGGAAAUGUGGUCUUCACAAUAUUGUUUGAGAAUGAAAGUGUUGCGUCCCAUUGUCUUUUAAAAGUAAGAGAAGCUAAGAGGAAAUGAGUAGUAGACAGAUGAAUCUAAUCAAAAGUUUUGUACAGAAGUUGCAAUAAGAGUGGAUGAUACUGAUAACUGAGAUAUUGUGGAUAAUGAAGAUAUUAUAGUCUUUGUUUCAGACAAGUUUAGCCACAUCCUGCUAAGUGGUGAUGAUUUUAAGUUGACUCACAAACCAUAGAUGAUUUUUUUAAUAUUUGUUGUAAAAGUAGCAGAUAGUUAUGAUACUCUGUGAUGAUAAGUUGGAUGCAAUCAUUGUUUCAGAUCUCCUGAAACCUAUUAACUGACGUUAAGGAAAUGUUUGAAACGCAUGUAUGAGAAGUGACUGCACUCUGUUGACAAAGGAUACAGUAGUAAGAUGACUACUUACUUUACUAAGCAUAUUAGUGUCUACCAUCAUAUUGGCUGCUAGAAAACUGCACAUGUUAAUUUUUCUCCUGUCUUUUUGUUGUGACAUAAUUAUGUUCUCACAAAUUAAUGUAAGUAUGUGGGAAUAUACACAUGAAUCAGAGUUACCAUACAGUGAACAAAAUAAGUUUUAACUUUGAAACUUAUUGCUGUCUACUUCAAAACAAUAGAUUGUGUGGUGCAGUCAGUUACUCUUCAGACAUAACUAGCUCAAUAAUUAAAAGUUUAAUCUUUUUUGAUAACCCAUUGUAUUGCAAUGUACAGUAAUCGGUUCUUUGCAAGCUUUUCCUUCAGUGUUGUUAUACUUUUGGCAGGUGUGCAUAUUUCAAAGAGAAAUGUAAGGCCAUUUAUUGAUGGUACAAAAUAUCCUUAGUGUGAGCAAAUUAUUGUGCUAAAAAAGCUGAGAAUUAAUGUGAAUUUUGCUGGCAUUCAAUGCUUGUUCCAUUUCAGUAGCAGUGAUGCUCCAAAUGAUUUAGUGUGAGAAUCUGUAGCACUGACACAAAUAGUUUGCAUAUGCACAAUGUUACAUUAUACCAGUGAUGGUGUUCAAUUUGUUAUUAUAACUUGUGUUCUAAUUGCUUAUUGAUAAACUAGUAUACUCUACAAAAACGUUUGGUAUAAUAGUGAAAUAUUUGCUUGAUAUCAGUUAUACAUCUGGAACUACAAAUAGCAAAAGCAACAGCUUUAGGUAUUUAAGUUAUAUUAUUUUCACAUGUAGCCACUUCUGCUAUGUCACAAAUAUCAGUUAUUGUUGAAUAUAGAGAUAUACUGAAAAAUAAUGAAUUAUUGAUGCAGUAUGACCACAGUCCUUAAUUUUUUAUUAUCUUUUGUCUUUCUGUUAGGUUGUCUUUUUUUCCCCCUUCACUGUGCAACUUGCGUUUGCAAGGAAAAGGGACAGUGGUCGUGCGUGGAUGGGUUGCCCAUUUUCUUAUCAGUUUUGUCAAGAAAGUAUGUAUGUGGCCAGUGUUGGGAUUCAUUAUGGUUGUAGUAUUUGCCUGCAGUUGUAGAAAUGUGUUUUAGGUUUCAUUUAGUUAAAACUCACUUUUCAUUUUUUCUGAAACAAAUAUAAUUAAGUUUAGAAUUGUUUGUCUGUGAAUAUUCUCUACGAAUGUGUUCAUUGCUUGCUGCUUUUUAUUGGUUAAUAUUUCUGUAACUAUUUGAAAUUGGAAUUUGGACAUUAAUUUGUACCUUAGUUAUCGAAACUUUUUCUUCCUUCAUUAGCCUUGCUUAAAUAAUAAUUGCAUAUUUAUUGUGUACUGUGAUUCAUCACCAUUGUCAAAGGUGUGAACUACUGUAUCAAUUGGAACAACAAAACUAACAAAAUGCAUCAGUUUGUUUUUUGUUCAUCGCACCUAAUAUUACUAAACUUUACUUAACCAUGGUUUUUGUGUACAAUAUCCUAAGUAGUUAACUGCACACUCCAUUAGUAUGAGUUAAUAUUUUGAUGACGGGUAUUAGUAUUGUAGCUACAAAAGUUCAGUAUUUUUUUGUCAUAUAGUAAUUAUUGUGUUUGCCCCAUGCCAUUCUGGAAUAUUUAUUAUAUUGUUAGCUUUGUCCUUGUUUGCUUUGUUCAAAUUUUAUGUCCAAGAAUUUCUUUUUUUUUUUUUUUCUGGAACAAUGUGAUGCAAUUUGUUGAUUUAUUGUUCUGCCUCAGUGUGUAUUUCAGGUUUCUGUUAUUCACACAAGGGGUGAGAUAAUAUUGCACACCUCUGUUGUGCACAACUUAUAAAUUUGUGUGUCACCAAAAUUUUCAGAAUAUGGCCUGAUACAUAGAUAUAAUGGGAUUCAUCAGUGGGGAGUUGAUAUCAAUUUUAGAAUGAACCAUAUCUUUUAAAUGUACAAACAUUAGCCCCCAUUAGUUGAUUAAAUAACAGAAGUCAUAUCAUAUAUGUUUUUAUGAAUAAUAUUUUGUUUUAAAUUAUUUAUCAAAUGAAAGUAAUAUGCUCACUGUGGCUAAGCAUACUGAUCACACAUGAUUUUCUGUGGAUUGCUAUUUCCAGUUUAUCAGAGUGAUUCCUGUUCAUUCUUCUUUUUUAUAUGUAAGAGAAUAUAGAACCUUAUCAAUGACAAGAAAAAGGCAAUAUAUUGUCAAACCUUUUGGUCUUCAUGAUGUACUUAUCCUCCCAAUAUUUUUUGAAAUGCAUUAAAAUAUUUCCGAGAAAAACACUUAUUAGCUUGUACCGUUAAAUUAAAUUUUAUAGACUCAUUGUAGUUAAUGUUAAUCAUUUUUGUAAGUAACAAGAGUGUGUUCUGUGUUUGAAUAGUUGUCUGUCAUCUGACUUCCAUUGCUAAUGUGUAGAUAAGCGCAUGACAUGCAUAAAUUGAAAGGUGCACCAGAUAAAGUAAAAUGAAUUUAUUUAAUAAGCAAAGCAUUAUGAAUGAAAGUCAUCAUUGCUUUGGUGUGAAAAGAAAAAUGGAUCUGUUACACAGACCUAUGUAAAAGGCCAAGCAUUGCAAGUCUUUCCAUCAAAUAAUGCAAGUGCUACCAAAGUGUUCGCCUUUUCAUAAAAUGUUUAUUUCAUUCUGUAUGUUUAUAAACAUUUAAAUGUUACUCUUAGCAUGUUUUACUGUUCAUUGCAUUUGACAGAAUAUAUUUGUUCCACCCAUGCAUAAAAAUAUAAUGAAUAUAAAGGUAUAUAACUUUUUGACGAUUGAUUAUUAAUGUUUGAUGUUUAGAACAUUUAUUUGUCUAGAGAAGAACCGUGUGUGUGUGUGUGUGUGUGUGUGUGUGUGUAGGGUCGGGGGGGGAAGGGGUGUGAUUCACUAUUUUGUGAGGGGCUAGGGAAAGCUGUAUGUAAUUGAAUAUGUCUGUACUUACUCCUAUCACUAUUCAGUUUUAUUUUUCCUUUCUGAAGAUCGCCGUAAAUUUUGCUCAUAGUUCUUGAAAUGAAUGUAUAUAUGGUUGUUGCCGUGAAAUGCAUCAGUGUGAUGUAGAAAACAUAUUUUUAGCAAAAUAGUUUAAUAUGAGGUUGUAAAUUAACAUUUCAGUUGCUUUAGAUUCCUGUGAUUCCCAUAUUUAAAGGUUCAUAUUUGCUUAUCAGAAUGGAAGCGCUUAUGACUAUUUCCUUCACACUCUGUUUUACCUGGCUAGCAAUGCAAUAGUGACACCUAGACAGUAGGAACCUUCAUGAGUGAUGCCAGUCAAAUGCAGUUUCUAGCAUAUAGUCUGGUCUACUGUAUGAGGGAUGAUCUAAACUGCACUGGUUUCAGUAUUUCUGAAGCAUAAUCAGAAUACAUAUCUUCUGUUUAGUACCACUAUUUAGUGGUGACUUAUAAUUUUAAAAGCUUCUGAUAUUUUUAUAAUCAAAUAUAACAAUAAAUAAUAAUUUUAAAUAUAACAUGUCAUAUCGAAUGUUGUAUCAUAUGAGAAGUCUGAUUUUGCAGUUGCCAGUGUAGUGGGUUAAUAACUAAUCAUGCUUGCAUUACUAGCCAGUAUAAUAUAUAUAUAUAAUCAUGUAAAUUUAAUAUUUUGAGGUAUUGGACAAUUUUGUUCCUCAGUAAUCAGUAUUAAAUUUACAUUGUCCUAUCUGAUGCGAAACUCAGAUUUUAUUGUAUAACAUUGAGAUUAUGUCUGUAUUAAAUGAUGUUCACAUUUUGUAACAUUUACUUUAUAAUGUAUUUUAAAUUCAGCAUUAAUAUAAAGUUACAUAUCAGGUUAAUGAAAUUAUAUUAAUUUUGUUUAAAUAGUGUUUUUUAUUUAAUUGUUAUUCAUAUCAACAGAAUCAAUCAAUUAUAAAUAUAUAUCAUCCACAAUGUAAAAUUCUUAAUUUUAAAAUCAUACAAUAAAACAACGUAUCAGAUUCCUGUACAAAAAAUUAAUGAUUAAUAUUAAUAAAAGUAUUUGUACAUGAGAAGUACCCUAUAUCAGUCUCCUGUUUAAUACUAUUAC